AUGGAGCAAAGUAAAGUUCCGUUGGUUGCUACUUCAGCAAAAAAGCAUUGUAUAGCGGUGAACAUGUCACACUAUGUAUUAAAAAGGUUAAUUGAUGCUCGAAGCGAUGGAUCAAGUAUGAAAAUUAAAGUCGCAAAGGACGCAAAAGAAAUUGAAAUAAUACUUCAUGGAAAAGAUAAAAAAGAUAAAUUUCAAUUCACAAAAACUCCCAUGGAAAAAUUAUCAAAAGUUCUUUUGUUGAAAGGAAAUCAGUUGGAAAUAAUUGGAGAUAUCAAACAUCAAAUUACAAGUACGAAAGAAUCAAAUUACAAAGCAAAGAAAGAUUUGGCAAAAAAGAAGCUAAGUUAUGCUUACAAAGAGGAACAAAAAGCAAAAGAUAAAAAAAAAAUACAAGUGAUAGAUCCAAUACCAGAUCCUAUAAAACCAAAGAAUCCAAAAACCAAUCAUGUCAAGCGAAAGGGUGGCAAGCCAGCACCAGUCGUAUCAUAUUUAUCAAAUUCUUCUUCAUUUAUCCAAAACGAUGAUACUUCAGGUGUCCCACUUAAGAAGAGGGUUCUUCAUCUAAUUGCAGCUACUGAAUUAGAACCUGAACAAUUAAAUACCGAUCAAAUCGUAAAAAAAGUUAAAGACAGUAAAGAAAAUGUGCAAAAAGUAUUAGACGAGCCGACAAAAAAGGGAACGUGGAAACUUAAGCUUAACGCCUGGUUAACACUCGAACCACACUCUUGGUUUAGUUAUGGACAAAAAACGGUUAGUAGCAUUGUUCAAAAAAUGAACGAGGUCGCUGAUAAACUGGGUUUACCCCAACCAAAAAAUUCUACAAGUUUUGAUGGAGAGCCUGUGAAACGUCGCAAGGUUGGACCAGUAUCUUAUUUGGAAGUUCAAUCAAACAAUGAGCAUCCUGUUCGUAAUAGUACUAAGUCAACACGAGGAGGGAAAGGUCCAAAGGGAAGGGGCGCUAAAACUCCGAAUACCUUACAAAAGCAUGAAAAAAUCAUAGAGCACGAUCCUAAAAGUGUUCUAUCAAAUCGAGGUGGCAAACCGAUCAGAGGUCGAAGUAGCAAGACAACUGAAACUACAAGCACUCCUAUAACAUCUGGUACUCGUAGAAGAGGAAGGCCGAAAAGUACGAGUACGACUUCUCGUAGUAGUAAGUUAUCAACUUCGAAAAGUACAUCAGCAUUGUCAUCUGUUACACCACUUAAGCGAGAUUCAAGUGAGGUCAAUGGUCAUACAUUAGUAAAUGGCGUUAAUAACGAUAUCAAACAAAGUCAAUAUCGAGUCAAUACUUUGUCUGAAUUUCGUGAACUUAUUGACGAAUUUAAGGUUAAACAAGAUGAAUAUAAUGAGCUAGAUGAGAAAUUACAAAGUUGCUUCCCAUUAUAUAAAGACUUAGAUCAUGAUCUCCGUAAUGCCAGGCAAUCCCGUGAAAAAGAUAUCAUAAAUAGGAUCAUGGAGACGUUCGGUAGUGGUAGUGAAAUUUUCGCUCUAGUCGAGCAGUUUAAUGCUAUUGAAGAAGAGUUACGUCAAAUUUCUAAUGAGGCUCGGCGUGCUGUGGAAGAAGGUGUUUUGGAUGAGUAA